CCAUUUCGGGGGCCGCAGCGGCGCCGCGCGGAGCUGCGGAGGGAGAGGUUGGGCCGCUCCCUCGCCACUCCCCUGCCGCCGGGCUCUGGGAUGGUGUGGGCUCCCGGCAGUGUGGGACGCACCGGGGAAAGGCGGACGGCGGCGCCGGCGGUCCCGAGGCGGCCCGGGCGGGCGGAGCCGUGCCUGGCGCUAGGACCCAGCAGGACGCGAGGCGGCUCUUCGGGCCGGAUCACAAAUUCGUCGUGACUCAGUCUCUGCUCAGCGCGGAGGCAGCGGGAGCAGACAGCCAAGAUGGAGUACGAGUGGAAGCCCGACGAGCAGGGGCUCCAGCAGAUCCUGCAGCUGCUCAAGGAGUCCCAGUCCCCGGACACCACCACGCAGAGAGCCGUGCAACAAAAACUAGAACAACUCAAUCAGUAUCCAGAUUUCAACAACUACCUGAUUUUUGUUCUUACAAAGUUGAAGUCUGAAGAUGAGCCAACACGUUCCUUGAGUGGUCUUAUCUUGAAGAAUAAUGUAAAAGCACAUUUUCAUAACUUUCCAAAUGGGGUAACUGACUUCAUUAAAAGUGAAUGUCUGAACAACAUUGGUGAUUCCUCCCCUUUAAUUAGAGCUACUGUAGGCAUUCUGAUAACGACCAUUGCCUCAAAAGGGGAGUUACAGAAUUGGCCUGAACUCUUGCCAAAGCUUUGCAGCCUGUUGGAUUCUGAAGAUUACAAUACCUGUGAGGGUGCAUUUGGUGCUCUUCAGAAGAUAUGUGAAGAUUCCGCUGAAAUUUUAGAUAGUGAUGUGUUGGACCGGCCACUCAAUAUCAUGAUACCUAAGUUCUUACAGUUCUUCAAGCACAGCAGUCCAAAAAUACGGUCUCAUGCAGUAGCAUGUGUCAACCAAUUUAUCAUCAGCAGAACUCAAGCUCUUAUGUUGCACAUAGAUUCUUUUAUUGAGAAUCUUUUUGCACUGGCUGGUGAUGAGGAGCCUGAAGUACGCAAAAAUGUUUGCCGUGCUCUUGUAAUGUUGCUGGAAGUUCGAAUGGAUCGCCUGCUUCCUCAUAUGAUUAGUAUAGUUGAGUACAUGCUUCAAAGGACCCAGGACCAAGAUGAAAAUGUGGCUUUGGAGGCAUGUGAAUUUUGGCUGACUUUGGCUGAACAGCCAAUUUGUAAAGAGGUAUUAUGUCGGCAUCUUACUAAGCUGAUACCUGUGCUGGUAAAUGGUAUGAAAUAUUCAGAGAUUGAUAUUAUUCUGUUGAAGGGGGAUGUUGAAGAAGAUGAAGCUAUUCCAGAUAGUGAGCAGGAUAUAAGGCCUCGUUUCCAUCGUUCGAAGACGGUGGCUCAGCAACAUGAAGAAGAUGGUAUUGAAGAUGAUGACGAUGAUGACGAUGAACUUGAUGAUGAUGAUACUAUUUCUGACUGGAAUUUAAGGAAAUGUUCUGCUGCUGCUCUAGAUGUCCUAGCUAAUGUAUUUCGUGAUGAACUUCUACCACACAUCUUGCCACUUUUGAAGGAAUUGCUCUUCCACCCCGAGUGGGUAGUUAAAGAAUCUGGUAUCCUUGUUCUUGGUGCAAUUGCUGAAGGCUGCAUGCAGGGUAUGAUUCCAUAUCUUCCAGAGCUAAUCCCUCACCUUAUUCAGUGCCUCUCUGACAAAAAGGCUCUUGUGCGCUCCAUUACAUGCUGGACUCUUAGUCGCUAUGCACACUGGGUAGUUAGUCAACCCCCAGACACAUACUUGAAGCCAUUAAUGACUGAGUUGCUAAAGCGUAUCUUGGAUAGCAACAAGAGAGUACAAGAAGCUGCCUGCAGUGCCUUUGCUACUCUAGAAGAGGAGGCUUGUACAGAGCUUGUUCCUUACCUUGCAUAUAUACUUGACACUUUGGUCUUCGCAUUUAGUAAAUACCAGCAUAAAAACCUGCUCAUUCUUUAUGAUGCUAUAGGAACUCUAGCAGAUUCUGUAGGACAUCAUCUAAAUAAACCAGAAUAUAUUCAGAUGCUAAUGCCUCCAUUGAUCCAGAAGUGGAACAUGCUGAAGGAUGAGGAUAAAGAUCUCUUCCCUUUAUUAGAGUGCCUGUCGUCAGUUGCUACUGCCUUGCAAUCUGGCUUUCUUCCAUACUGUGAACCUGUGUACCAGCGCUGUGUAAAUCUGGUGCAGAAGACACUUGCACAAGCCAUGUUGCAUAAUGCUCAGCCAGACCAAUAUGAGGCUCCAGAUAAAGAUUUCAUGAUUGUGGCUCUUGAUUUACUCAGUGGUUUAGCUGAAGGACUUGGAGGCAAUAUUGAACAGCUAGUGGCUCGCAGCAAUAUCCUGACACUAAUGUAUCAAUGCAUGCAGGACAAAAUGCCUGAGGUACGGCAGAGUUCUUUUGCAUUGUUAGGUGACCUGACAAAGGCAUGUUUUCAGCAUGUUAAACCUUGCAUCGCUGAUUUCAUGCCAAUUUUGGGAACCAAUCUAAACCCUGAAUUCAUUUCUGUGUGUAAUAAUGCCACCUGGGCAAUUGGAGAAAUCUCUAUCCAGAUGGGUAUAGAAAUGCAGCCUUAUAUUCCAAUGGUCUUGCACCAGCUUGUAGAAAUAAUUAACAGACCCAACACACCAAAGACGUUGUUAGAGAACACAGCAAUAACAAUUGGUCGUCUUGGUUACGUUUGUCCUCAAGAGGUGGCCCCCAUGCUACAGCAGUUUAUAAGACCCUGGUGCACCUCUCUGCGAAACAUAAGAGACAAUGAGGAAAAGGAUUCAGCAUUCCGUGGGAUAUGUACCAUGAUUACGGUCAACCCCAGUGGAGUAGUCCAAGACUUUAUAUUUUUUUGUGAUGCUGUUGCAUCGUGGAUUAGCCCAAAAGAUGAUCUUCGAGACAUGUUCUGUAAGAUUCUUCAUGGAUUUAAAAAUCAAGUUGGGGAUGAGAAUUGGAGGCGUUUCUCUGACCAGUUUCCUCUUCCCUUAAAAGAGCGCCUUGCAGCUUACUAUGGAGUUUAACCUCAUGCACUGUAGCUGCAGUCCCAUAAUUAGAGGUCCUUCAGUCUGGGAGACUAUGAGGGAGCCUCUGCACCCAGGGAAAAUGCUACCCUUUACUGGGGGGAAGGGUAAACCAGUAGGGAAUACAGUACAAUCCCAACCCUACUGGGAGGGGCGGGAGGGAGGUGUUGCCGUCACUGUAUUAAGUCGAUGUUGGGAAAUGUUUUAACAUCUGGAGCCUUUGUGGGUGGAAAUCUGUCUCCUAUUACACCUCUGCACUGGAUGUGAAGAAGAAAAAAAAAAAGAAUCUAGUCACAAAACAGCACAUUCUGGAAUAUUGUGGGGAUUUGUACCAAAAUAAGAAACCAUAUAAUUGAACCAUAGGGAUACGUAAAGAGGAAAAAUAUUUUGCGCACAAUAAAGGAAACCUAAGAAUGGGGGUCACAAACAGUAAAAGGCUUUCUUUUUUGUUUUGUUUUUUUUAAGUAAGGGUUUUCUACAUUAUUUCAUCCUGCUUGAUGGGAUUCCUAGAUAUUUGCAUGUUAAUGAAGAACUACACAAAUGAAGUUAGUACAGUUAAAAUGCAGCUUGUGUCUGUAUUAGGAACAGGCACUUGCAGUGUACAGUAUAGAAACCCCAUCAUAAAAUAAUAAAGGUUAACUUGGACAAAAUGAAGCAACCUGCAAGCUGCCAAAUAAGUCACUCCUUUCAUUUUUGGGGUAAGGAGAGGGACACUGCAAAGGAAAGAUUGACAUCUUAAUUUUUACAUUAAGAAAAACAACAAGGUAGUGGAUAUGAUUUUAUUAUUGUACUUUGUUAGUUUUGAUUUCUAGAGUAAGGCAUUAUUCUUAACUUGCAGUUUAAGGUUCAGGCAUGCAUUCUGGCUCAUAGUGAUCAGAAGUAAUUUUAAUUAGUGGGAAAGUAGCAUGCUUGCAUCAAAUAGAGUGAAAUUGGUAUACAUUUACCUAUGUUGCGCCAGUUUUGUGUUGCAGUUUACCAAUUCAAUAUAGCCCUGCAUUUAAAAUUACUUUUUAAGAUUCAGUGGAGUUUAUUUUUAUUAAGAAUAUAGAUAUAAAGUACUGUAGUUAACAAUUAGGCCUUGAAAUACCUUUUUAGGAUCUGUUAAGAAUAAGAUUGAUAUUGUAUUGUGUGUAACCUGCACAAUGUGGAAAGCUGAUAUAGCUGUGCAAAAUAUUUGCCUCUGUGCUGUCAGUGUGAUGUGCUUUCUGCAUGGUUAUAUACUAGUGAUUUAUCAGAAUCUCUAAAAUGAGUUACAUGGUAAGACCCGUUAAAGGCUGCAUAAAUGUUAGUUGGCACGUAAGGACAAUUGUAGAAGUUGAUGACAAGAUUGCUAUAUUUGUGUUUAUUCCCACUCAACGUAUUAUCUUCUAUGCUUUUUUUUUGUUCAAAGCAUGAUCUUAAGAGAUGUUUAAGUUAAUGGAUGUAAUGCAGGGUAUCUACACUGUAUUGGCGCAUGUUGGUGGCCCUUUGUGAUGUAGUUAAAUGCACAAGGGUGCAAGUUUAAAGCUACAGAGUGAAAGCUGGUUUGGAUCCUCUUCAUUUCAUUUGUUUAGCUUUUCUGUUGUGUUUUUUUUUCUCUACUUACAUGUAUUCCUGUGAAUAAAUCCUUGUUAAGUUAACGCUU